AAAGGAUGAAAAGAGAAAGAAGUUUAGGUGGUAACCAUGGCAACGCUAGGAUGACUGAUAAGCAGAAAGUUCUCAUUUGCGGAGAUGUGGAAGGACACUUCAACUUUUUGUUCUCCAAAGUAAACGCUAUUAACAAGAAAAACGGACCAUUCGAUUUUCUGUUAUGCGUCGGCAAUUUCUUCGGUGCAGAUAAUUCUGAAUUAGAGUCGUACAAAUCCUGCGAGAAAAUCAUUUCAGUACCAACGUACAUUAUCGGUCCUAAUCGGGAAUCGGAUAUUAAGGACUAUCCUGAGGAUGGAUACGAAAUAUGUCAGAAUCUCACUUAUCUCGGAAAGCGUGGUCUGUACAUCGCCAGUUCGGGCCUCAAAAUAGCAUAUCUCAGUGGAACUGAGAAGGUUCCGUCUAAAAACAAAAUCAUUCACUUCGACGAACACGACAUUGUAUCCAUUAGGAAUAGUUGCUUGAAGGGUCAACCGAGUUUUCGUGGUGUUGACAUCUUGUUAACAUCUCCAUGGCCAGAAGGUGUAACCAAUCUUGACACUAAUAAACCAGAAUGCAAGUAUCAAGGUUCCAAAUUAAUUGCCUGGCUUGUUACUCAUAUUAAACCUAGGUAUCAUGUGUCGGCCUUAGAACGGAUUUAUUACGAACGGCCGCCAUAUCGAAAUCAAAGUCAGGAUGAUGGAAAUAUGGAAAUAGCUACUAGAUUCAUAGCUCUUGCACCAGUACUGAAUGACGAGAAGCAGAAAUGGUUGUAUGCAUUGAAUUUAACUCCUGUUGAUAGAACCAGAUUAUCAGAUCUGAUUAUGAAAACAACAGAUGAGACGUCAAGUCCAUAUCCCAAAUCUAUGCUGUCUGACGAUCCAACUUUGCAAAAGCAGAUCCAAUUUUUCUAUGACAUGGACUCGAUAGAUAAUGCAAAGAGAUCGCGACAUCAAAACUAUAGCCUCAAUAAGAAAGCAAAGCUGGAAAUUGACCAGUCAAAGUGCUGGUUUUGUUUAUCCAGUCCAGUAGUCUCCAAGCAUUUGGUAAUCUCUGUCGGCACAGAGAUAUAUUUGGCACUGGCAAAAGGUGGUUUAGUGGAAGAUCAUCUUUUAAUUCUACCAAUAACACAUCAUCAAAGUCUGUCUAUUCUACCGAAAAAUGUAAAAGAGGAGAUGGAUCUCUAUAAGAAAGCCGUGAGCAAGUAUUACGAGAGUACCAAUAGAGUACCUGUAUUCUUCGAAAGAAACUUCAAAACUUCCCACUGUCAAUUGCAAGCAGUACCUGUUCAUAAAAAUCAAGCACCCGUAUUGAAGGAAAUGUUCGAAGAACUGGCCGAAUGUAACAAUUUCAAGAUAUCGGAGUUACCAUCACAUACAGAUUUGCAGCAAGUCGCUAAACCUGGUAUUCUAUAUUUUUAUGUAGAAUUACCGGAUGGAAGAAUUUUAUAUUACAGAAUCAAGAAAGACUUCCCAUUGCAAUUUGGCAGAGAAGUAUUAGCGUCCGACAGGAUAUUGGACAUAAACGAUAGAUCCGACUGGAAAGAUUGUCAUACGAGCCAAGAGGAAGAGACUGAACUAGCAAAGAAAAUCAGAAAACAAUUUAUGCCAUUCGACAUAGAUACUUGA